AUGGAUCUCAAGCAGAAAGAAAGCCACGGCGUUGACCACGUUGACGUUGCCAACAUGAACGACGUCUACCUGCAGCCGCCAGAGGCAACGACAGUACCAUGGUACAAGCAGACGCAACUCAGGAAACUCUACUUCAACAUGGUCUUCCUCUUCCUGGGCUCGACUACCCUCGGAUACGAUGCCAGCUUGUUGAACGGGCUCCAGACGAUGCAAUCAUGGCAGAGCUAUUUCGACCAUCCUUCCGGCUCAAGGUUAGGCAUCUUCGGCGCCAUGCCCGGCUUCGGCGGCCUGUUCGUCCUCCUCUUCGCGCCCUACGUCGCCGACGGCCUCGGCCGGAAAUGGGGCACCGCCAUCGGCUGCAUCAUCGUCAUCUUCGGCGCCCUGCUCCAAUCCUUCCCCGUCGGGGCGGGCGCCAGGCGAGACGCCAUGUACCUCGUCGGCCGCUUCAUCAUGGGCGCCGGCUCCAACAUCUCCAACGCCACCUGCCCCCUCCUCAUCACCGAAGUCGCGCACCCGCAGCACCGGGGUAAAGUCACCACCCUCUACAACACCCUGUGGUACCUCGGCAGCAUCAUCUCGGCCUGGACCUGCUUCGGCACGCUCACCAACCAGUCCGGCAACAUCCAAUGGACGCUGCCCACGGGCCUGCAGUGCAUGAUGCCCGGCAUCCAGCUGCUGUCCAUCUGGUUCCUGCCGGAGAGCCCGAGGUGGCUGAUCAGCAAGGGCAAGGAGGCCGAGGCCAAGCGCGUCCUCAUCAAGUACCACGGGAACAACAACGAGAACGACGAGUUCGCCAACUGGGAGCUGGCCGAGAUCUCCACCACGCUGAGGCUGGAGAAGGAGGCUUCGUCCCAGAGCGGCUGGAUGGAGCUGGUCCGUACUCCCGGCAACCGCAAGCGCUGCGGCCUGAUCAUUGCCACGGCCAUCUUCUCACAAUGCAGUGGCAACGGCCUCGUGUCGUACUAUCUUUCCGUCAUCCUCGGCACCAUCGGAAUCAAGGAUUCCAUCACUCAAGCGUACAUCAACGGCGGCCUUACCAUCUGGUCUUGGCUGGUCUCCCUCACGGCAGCCUUCUUCGUCGACCGCGUCGGGCGCCGCGUCCUUUUCCUGUUCGCCGGCGUGGGCAUGCUCAUCUCCUUCUCCGUCUGGACGGCCUGCAGCGCAGUCUACGCCCAGACCGAAUCGGCGUCCGCGGGUAUCGCCGUCGUGGCCAUGAUCUUCGUCUUCUACGGCGUCGCCGGCGCCGCCUGGCCGGGACUCACCGUGUCGUACACCGUCGAGAUUCUGCCCUACAACAUCCGCGCCAAGGGUCUCAACCUGUGCUUCUGCUUCACUGCCCUCAGCGGCGUCUUCAACCAAUGGGUCAACCCCCUCGGUCUUGAGCAGUUGGAGUGGAAGUUCUACUUUGUCUACAUUGCAAUUCUGGUAAUCGAAUGUCUGGUCAUCUACUUCUUCUUUGUCGAGACCAAGGGCCCGACGUUGGAGGAGAUCUCCAUGCUCUUUGACGGCAAAGACUCGGCUGCCGGGGUUGCCAGAGUGCAUGCCCAGGCCAAGGUCGACGAGGUUGAGAAGAGAGAGGUGGCAUAA